UCGUCCCAGCAUCCCGACCCAGGCCCAGGCCCCCGGCCCCUCCCUCGGCCUGCUUCCCAAAUAGGUCCCAGUCCCGGCCUGGACACCAGCGAAUGCCCAGAUCGAGGUCCCAACCCAGGCCCCCCCUCCAGCCUCAGACCCUGGCGGGGCCCCCUUCCCCGCCUCUGCCCUUGUUCCACCUCCUGUCACAAAUCCCCGCCCCACCCCGGUCCCAAUCCCAUCCCCAGGGUUUGCUUAAGCCCAGGGCCCAAACGCUGCCCUCACUCCAGUCCCCAUCACAGUCUCUUCUUCUAUCCCAGCCCCUGCCCCUUUGCAAGCCCCGGUGCCCAGCCCAGCCCAGCCCAUUGUCUCAGCCUUUGCCCUCUGCUCUGUGUUUACCCGCGUCUCUCCCACCACCCACCCCUCUCUCUCACACCCUGCCCCUCUCCCCGCCUCGGCUCAGGUCUGGGCUCCAGCUGCCUCCAGCCCUGUUGCUGCUGUUGCUGUUUUCUGUCCUUGGCCCAGGGGCUGGAGGCCUCUUCCUGACCGAUUACUCCACCUGCUCACCCCGCAAGCUGAGUCCUUUCCGCUCCUUUGCCAGCACCGAACUCUUCCACUUCCAUGUUCCUGAGGACACAUUCCUGGCUGUUUGGAACCUCAUCAUCUUCAAGGAGCAGGGGGGAUCCUUUGGGGACCACUGCCCAGACCAAAGUGUGACUGUGUAUUUCCGGUCUGGGGCACCCCCUGUCAUCAAUCCCCUGCACACACACUUCCCAGGGGACACGGCUGUGCCUGGGGUUUUCUCACUGACCCUCAGCUGGACACUGCCCAACCGCACUUCAGGCAUCUUUAACGUCAGCAGCCCCUUACCUGGGGACUGGUUCUUGGCUGCCCACCUUCCCCAGGCCCACGGCCACAUCUCUGUCAAGGGUCUCCAGGAUGAGUGUCAGUACCUCCUUCAGCCGCAGCUGAUUGUCCGGCGUUUACUGGACGUUGCUGUGCUGGUGCCUGGCCGUCCCUCAGAGCAAACCCUCUCCCCCCACAAUCGCUCAGCCCUAUACAAGGUCUUUGUGCCCAGCUUCACUUACAGGGUUUCAGCACAGUUGGUGUGUGUGGGGGGCCGAGGGGCAUCCGCCUGCCCCCUGACACUUCGCCUACGUCCCAAGGCCCCACCCCUGCACAACUCAAGCUCUGUGGCAUGUGGAGGUGCCUCGGUAUGCCAGCUGGAGCUAGCACUGCCCCCUUGGGGGCGCUGGGUCUACGUGCGGGUGGAGACGAACCGUGGCUCUGGCAGGACCAUCCGCUUCCAGCUGUGCGUGCGGUUGCAAGAAUGCCCGAAGCCCAACCUGUCUCGUGCCCUGGCCCCUGGAGCUGCCAUGAACAUGCCCCAGUCACUGGGCAACCAACCACUGCCCCUAGAGCCACCAUCCCUUGGUGCCCUCGUGGAAGGGCCUGGGGCCACAUCUCCACCUGAGCACUGCUGGCCAGUGCGCCCGACUCUGCGCAAUGAGCUGGACACCUUCUCCGUCCACUUCUACAUCUUCUUUGGCCCCAGCGUGGCCCUCCCCCCUGAGCGCCCUGCUGUGUUUGGCCUGAGGCUGCUGCCGGUGCUGGACAGUGGAGGUGUCCUUAGCCUGGAGCUCCAUCUCAAUGCGAGCUCCCUGCGCCAGGAAAAUGUGACCGUGUUUGGAUGCCUGACUCACGAGGUGCCUUUGAGCCUGGGGGAUGCAGCAGUGACUUGUUCCAAAGAGUCCCUUGCUGGCUUCCUCCUCUCGGUCAGCGCCACAUCCAGAGUGGCCAGGCUGCGAAUCCCGUUCCCACAGACCGGGACGUGGUUCCUGACCCUCCGCUCCCUGCUGGGUGUGGAGAAAACGGGAGGGCGGUGCUAGGGUGAGACCACCCUCCCGGGGCAGGGGCACAGGGCUUAGCUAGAGGCCCCCAGCUGAAGGGUCUGCUGACCUCACGACUGCCUCCAUACCCACCCUGUGCCUUCCCCGCCCGCAGGGUGGCGGGGCUGGGGCUGCACCGACAGCGCGGAUGCGCUCACCUACGGGUUCCAGCUGCUGUCCACACUCCUGCUCUGCCUGAGCAACCUCAUGUUCUUGCCACCCGUGGUCCUGGCCAUUCGGAGCCGGUAUGUUCUGGAAGCUGCUGUCUACACCUUCACCAUGUUCUUCUCCACGUUCUAUCAUGCCUGUGACCAGCCAGGCAUUGUGGUUUUCUGCAUCAUGGACUACGAUGUGCUACAGUUUUGUGAUUUCCUGGGCUCCUUAAUGUCCGUGUGGGUCACUGUCAUUGCCAUGGCUCGUUUACAGCCUGUGGUCAAGCAGGUGCUGUAUUUGCUGGGGGCUAUGCUGCUGUCCAUGGCUCUGCAGCUUGACCGGCAUGGACUCUGGAACCUGCUUGGACCCAGUCUCUUCGCCCUGGGGAUCUUGGCUACAGCCUGGACAGUACGCAGCGUCCGCCGUCGGCACUGCUAUCCACCCACAUGGCGCCGCUGGCUUUUCUACCUGUGCCCUGGCAGCCUUAUUGCAGGCAGUGCCAUCCUGCUCUAUGCUUUUGUGGAGACACGAGACAACUACUUCUACAUUCACAGCAUUUGGCAUAUGCUCAUCGCUGGCAGUGUGGGCUUCUUGCUGCCCCCUCGUGCCAAGACUGACCACCGGGUUCCACCUGGAGCUCGGGCCCGGGGCUGCGGUUACCAGCUGUGCAUCAAUGAGCAGGAGGAGCUGGGCCUUGUGGGCCCAGGAGGGGCCCCUGUCAGCAGUAUCUGUACCAGCUGAGAGGGGCUUUGAGUCUGGCCCUCGGAACAUGAACCCUUCCCAGAGCGCAAAGAGCCCUUCCUGGGUUUUUCCAGGCAGUGCGUGCGGAGCUUUCCCAGGGAUGAGAGACAAGUUGUGUUUCUUGAGGACUUGGUGUCUUCCUUGACGUGGAACUCUUCCAGGGACCUGGCACACUUCCUGAAGAUUGGAGCCAUCCUGCAGCCAUUGAGUCUUUCAGGGCUGUAGCCUGUGCAGGGCCUCAGAGCCCCCAAGGACCAGCAGUCCCUCUGAGGGCGUGGAGCCCCUCCCAGGGAUACGGAGCCCUCCUGAGGACACGGAUUCCCCUGGGGAGACAAAGCCCUCCCAGGACAUGGCAUCAUUCCUGAGGAAGUGGAGUCCAUUUUGGGGAAACUGAGUCUCCAGAUCUUCCAGCAGCUCAGCAACUCUGGCCUCAGGCCUCCUUCCCAGAAGCAGCAUCUGUGCUGGGCUGUGCUGGGAGGGCACAUGCAGGACAGAUGGGACUGGGACUAGGGCUGGUAUCUUGAGUUGAUGCAGGUGGAGUCUGGUGUGUCUCCAAUGAAGUAUUUGCUGGUUCUGUGC